AGUACCAUAUCGAUGAUAUGGUACCGUACCUUUCAGAUUCAGCAACCACCACGUCAGACGGCUUUUCUUCAUUUAUCCACCUCACACCUGUACAAGUAGUAUGUCUGUCUGGCGCGUUUGAUAACGAUUGUUUAAAAGCUGAAACCGAAAAUCAGUACUGUAAUAAUUUCCUUACAGUAGUACUUACCACCUAUCGCUUUCUCAGUUCUGUAGUACUGCCAUUAUUUACGCACCUCGUACCUACCAUUUGCAAAGCAAACGUUAAAAUUAAUAUAUCCUCUACAGUCAGCUUUGAAUCCAGCUGUCAGUAUUUGUGCUAUUCCCGUGGUGAUAAUUCCGGAAUGGCCCCACAGCAACGUAAGCACGUGCUGGUUAUGGCCCUACCGGCCUUUGGUCACUACAUUCCUGGCCUGGAGUUAGCUAAAAAGAUCAUCCCGCAUCAUGAUGUCACCAUGGUAAUGUCCAUUCACAAACUGCAGGACAUUGUACAACGCGAUCUCCUGCCUCCAUCCCCAAUCCAGUUUCACACCUUCGAUGACGGCUUCACGUUCAACAUCGACGAAAACAUGGGGGAUCUCCGCGGAUUCUCCGUCGCUAACCUGCAAUCUGAGCCUUAUUACGAAACCUUCAUCAACAGCCUAACGGUAUCUAACGCUGCUUCCAAGCGCGCCGGAAAACUUCCCCCGGUGGAUGCGAUUUUCUGUGAUAUAACCAUGCCCAUGCCGUUCGAGCCCAGCGUGCAACGUCAGAUCCCGAUUUACGGUUUCAUGCCGCAAUCCGCGCAGAUGUUCGCUGCGUACAGCGUGAUGAAUAAGGACACGCGGACUGUGCCGGACGAUGUGUUCUUCAGUGGGACGGAUGCAUCAUUCAACCAAGGUGAUACAAUUCCUGAGAGUUUUAAAAAUAUGCAAGACAGGUACGACAGAGCCCAGUCAGUGGCGACAGGAAUUUUGCUGAAUUCGUUCGAUGAAUUGGAACCUGAUGCAUUGGUAUCGCUAAAAAGUUUACCAAAGUAUGCCAAUAAACCAGUGUGCUUUGUUGGUCCGCUUUUGCCAACCGUGAACGACCAGUCCAACGAUUUGUCGAACAAGCUUCGUAGCUGGUUGGAUCGUCGAGAAGAACGCAGUGUGGUGUAUUUCUCGUUUGGAACGGUUGCAGUUCCCUCGUCCGUGCAGCUGACCCAAGUGGCCGAAGCGUUACUGUCACUGCAGCGGCCGUUCGUCUGGUCAUUGCGCAGUAAUCAGCAGAGUCUUCUACCAGAGAAAUUUCUUCGUGGCACCGUCGAAACCCUCACGGACGACAUGCCUUAUUUGAUCCUUCACUGGACCCCACAGAAGCAAAUCCUCACCCAUCCGGCCACGGCGGUAUUUGUCAGCCAUUGCGGAUGGAAUAGUACGCUGGAAGCGGUGGCGUAUGGCGUGCCGGUUGUGGCAUGGCCUAUGCUAGGUGAUCAGCAUCAUAAUGCGGGAUUGGUGGAAAAAUGGGGCAUUGGAAAGAUGAUGCCCGCAGCAGGGAUGAAAUCAGAAAUUACGCCUGCUGCGGAUAUUGCUGGAGUUAUUGAAACGGUCGGAGGUUGGACAAGUGAACGACCCGGCAGUGCAUACUGGGAAAAAGUCAAUGAGUUAUCUCAGAAAGCGAAAAAUGCCGUCGCAGUGGAUGGCCAAUCAACGAGAAAUUUACUGCAGAUUUUAAACAGCUUCUAGAGUAUGUGGUUUAGAUUUUGUGAUAUUUUUGUAAUUAACCAAGCUCAACGUGAACUACUGAAAGUAAAUUAUUUGUCACCGUAAUUAGACGGAAAUUUGGUUGCAGCAUGUUGAUUCUGAAAGAUGGCAUUGGCUAAUUUUAUUUGUUCGUUUGUUUUCUUGGGGACGACAUUACUGCAUCAACGCAUUAUGCAUUUACUGUACUUAAUAUGCAACAUUACAGUACACU